ACACUACACUACACUACACUACAGUCUACACUACUCACUCUACCUUCUUCUCUCUCUCCUCUUCCAACUCUUUCUUUCACCACGGCUCAACACACCACUGUGGGCCCCACCUUCUCUCCUCAAUCCCCUCUCUCUCCCCACUUUCCCCAGUGUAAAACAGUAAAAAUAAAAGAAUCUAAAAACACCACCAUAAAUAAAACUCUACCAAACACAACACUCUGCUUGUCAUUCUACUCUCACAAAACAGAAAAUGGAGCGCUUUUCCAUUUUCACCCUUGUCUCUCUCCUCCUCCUCAUCCUCUUCUCAUUCCUCUCUGUUUCAGACGCAGGUUCCAUAGGAGUGAACUACGGCAGAAUAGCAAACAACUUACCAUCAGCAACAAAAGUAGUCAAACUCUUAAAAUCUCAACGCAUUGAUCGAGUCAAAGUAUACGACUCCGACACAGCCGUCCUCCGAGCACUUUCCAACUCCAACAUCAAAGUUACCAUCAAUCUCCCUAACGAGCAACUUCGCUCAGCUGCAACACGCCCAUUUUACGCUUCUGUAUGGGUCCUCAAAAACGUCGUCGCUUACUACCCUCACACUCUCAUCGAAGCCAUUGCUGUAGGAAACGAAGUCUUUGUAGACCCACAUAACACUACCAACUUCCUUGUACCUGCAAUGGUUAAUGUCCAUUCUGCCCUUAUCAAAUAUGGGUUAGAUUCCAAAAUCAAAGUAUCUUCCCCUAUUGCACUCAGUGCUCUUGGUAAUUCUUACCCUUGUUCCGCCGGUUCAUUCCGGUCUGAGUUAAUUGAACCGGUUUUUAAACCAAUGUUGGAGUUUUUGAGUAAAACUGGAUCUUCACUAAUGGUGAAUGCUUACCCUAUAUUUGCUUAUCAAGCUAAUAGUGAUGUUAUAUCACUUGAUUAUGCUCUUUUUAGGGAGAAUCCUGGGGUGGUGGAUUCUGGUAAUGGGUAUAGGUACUUGAAUUUGUUUGAUGCUCAAAUUGAUGCUGUGUUUGCGGCUAUGUCGGCGUUGAAUUUCCCUGAUAUUCCUAUUAUUGUUACUGAAACUGGCUGGCCCUCUAAGGGUGAUCCUAUGGAAGUUGGAGCUUCUAUUGCUAAUGCUGCUGCUUAUAAUGGUAAUCUUGUCCGCCGUAUUCUCACCGGGGGUGGGACCCCCUUGCGCCCGAAAGCUGAUCUCACUGUCUUUCUCUUCGCUCUCUUCAACGAGAACAAGAAACCCGGGCCCACCUCCGAGAGGAACUACGGGCUGUUCUACCCGAGCCAGCUGAAGGUUUACAACAUACCAUUCACACUAGAGGAGGUCAAGAACUGGAAGGAAGACAGAGAAGGCGGGCCGAGACCAGUGGUAGGGCCGAGCCCGACGGUUGGGCCGAACCCAAAGGAAGGUCCGAGCCCGAAGGUGGCUAUGAAGGAGACGUGGUGCGUGGCAAACGGAGAGGUGGGAGAGGGGAAGCUGCAAGGGGCGUUGGAUUACGCGUGUGGGGAAGGGGGAGCAGACUGCCAUCCGAUUCAAGAGGGUGCCACGUGUUACGAUCCUAAUACAUUGGAGGCCCACGCUUCGUAUGCGUUUAAUAGUUUCUAUCAGAAAAAUAAGCGAGCCAUGGGUUCUUGUGAUUUUGAAGGUGCUGCCUACGUUACGUCUCGCCCACCUAAAUAUGGAAAAUGCGAGUUUCCUACGCAAUAUUGAUUCGGAAGCUGAUGAAGGCAUCUGAAGAGUAGUUGGGUUUUAAAAGCUCCAAUUUAUGUAAGCAUGUGGGUUAGGUCAUAAUUUACGAGUAUAGUCGUUUAGUGUUUUUAUUUUUUGGGAGGUUCUUUUUGUAUUUAUUUGAAUAGUUGGGGAGCAGUUGAUAACCAUUAAUUGGGGAAUUUGGAAAGCAACAAGUAGUUCAGAUCCUUUGUUUCUAUGUAAUUACCUAAUACCUAUGAAUAACUCUACCUUGCUCUCUUAUGAGUUAUGACAUCUACUAGUACUAAGUUAUGCUUGUUUGAUAA